AUGCAAUAUGGGAGAGACGGCGAGAGUCAGGAAGUAAGGAGUUGUGUGGCGCAGUUUCCUAUCGAUGAUCAAGAGGCAAUUUACUUCCAUAUGGAGCAGAUAGUGAGCCGGCGGGAUCACCAGGAUGUCAUCGGUAUCUGCUCAAGUGAAUGGAGAAUCAAGCUCCCAAAGCUCAUAGAAUUUUGA